AUGCGUCCGUGGGUGGGCUCGUGGCGCUGGAUCGCGCUCAUUCUGCUGGCCUGGGGGACGUUGCUUUUUUAUAUUGGAGGUCACCUGGUUAAGGACAGCGAACAUGCGCCACGCUCGAGCCGUGAGCUGGCGAAGAUCCUCACCAAGCUGGAGAGACUCAAACAGCAGAAUGAAGAUCUUCGCCGGAUGGCCCAGUCGCUACGGAUUCCAGAAGGCCACUCGGAUGGACCUAUAUCAUCAGGAAGACUGCGAUCACUUGAGGAACAGCUGAGCCGAGCCAUACAGAAGAUCCACAGUUUCCAAAGAUUGUCUGCAGAAGUGGGUCCGGGUCGAGACCAGGAAGAACUCAGGAGAAAGGUGGAGAAUGGAGUGAGAGAAUUGUGGUAUUUUAUUCGCAGUGAGAUACAGAAGCUGAGUCAUGUAAACCCGACCGAACGACAAAAACAAACUGACAUGCUGCUUCAGGACCUGGGACAUCAACAGAGAACGAUCAUGACAGACCUGUACCAGUUGAGUCAGGUAGAUGGAGCUGGUGAAUGGAGAGAGAAAGAGGCCCGAGAUCUUUCCAGCCUGUUGCAGAACAGAAUCUCCUACCUGCAGAACCCGCAGGACUGCAGUAAAGCCCGUAAGCUGGUGUGUAACAUUAAUAAGGGCUGUGGAUACGGCUGUCAGCUUCAUCACGUGGUGUACUGCUUCAUGAUCGCUUACGGCACACAGAGAGUUCUUAUUCUGGAGUCUCACAACUGGCGUUAUGCUCCCAACGGCUGGGAGACGGUCUUCCGACCCGUCAGCGACACCUGUACGGACCGAUCCGGAGCCACAACCGGACACUGGUCAGGUGAAGCUCAUGACCGUGAUGUUCAGGUGGUGGAAUUGCCCAUCGUUGACAGUCUACACCCCAGACCGCCGUACCUCCCUCUCGCUAUCCCAGAAGACCUAGCGCCCCGAUUGCAGCGGCUGCACGGCGACCCGUCCGUCUGGUGGGUGUCACAGUUCGUCAAGUAUCUGGUCCGCCCGCAGGCAUGGCUGGAGAAGGAGAUCCAGGAAACGGGUGUCAAACUGGGCUUUAAACACCCCAUUGUUGGCGUCCAUGUCAGACGAACAGAUAAAGUUGGGACAGAAGCUGCGUUUCACCCCAUAGAGGAAUACAUGGCACAUGUGGAGGAACAGUUCCAGUAUAUAUCUCAGCGAGCCCAUGUGGAUAAAAAACGAGUAUAUCUGGCCACCGACGACCCAUCGCUGUUACAGGAAGCUAGAACCAAGUACACUGACUAUGAGUUCAUCAGUGAUAACUCCAUCUCUUGGUCUGCGAGUUUGCACAACCGUUACACAGAGAAUUCUCUCCGAGGCGUCAUACUUGACAUCCACUUCCUGUCGCAGACUGACUUCCUGGUUUGCACGUUUUCCUCACAGGUGUGCCGUGUGGCUUACGAAAUCAUGCAGACUCUUCACCCGGACGCCUCGUCUUUCUUCCGUUCUUUGGAUGAUAUUUACUACUUCGGUGGACAGAAUGCACACAAUCAAAUCGCCAUCUACCCGCAUGAGCCCCGCUCGGCCGACGAUAUCCCGCUGGAGCCCGGAGACGUCAUCGGUGUCGCAGGAAACCACUGGGAUGGAUACUCCAAAGGGGUCAACCGCAAACUGGUCCGCACAGGCCUCUACCCAUCCUACAAAGUGAAGGAGAAGAUCGAGACUGUGAAAUACCCCACUUACCCCGAAGCGGACAAGCUGCUGAGCUUAUAG